UGAAGUUUUGGAUUCAAAUGUAGAGAAAAUUAAGAUUUUGAUGAAAGAGGGAGUCGUUUUAGGGGCGCUUGUUUGUGGGGUUUUGGUGUUUGGUUGCAAGAGAGUUUUUGCUGUGGAAAGUGCAGUAAAUGCAGGCUAUGGAGUUAUUGGACAGAGCAUAUUGUUGUUGAAGAAUGCUUGGCCUAAAGUUUCUCAGGUUUUGAGAGUGUUUAAAGAACAAGGUUUGGUUUUGGCUGCGCUUUUGGGGUUGUCUGCGUUCUGUUCAGUGGUUGAGACGUCUAUCACCACGCUUUGACCUUGGAAGGUGUCCGUAUUACUUCUCACUGAAAUUACUCCAAAAAGUAUUGCUGUUCAUAAUGCCACAGAGGUUGCUAGGUUUGUGGUCAGGCCAGUGGCAUGGCUUUCCUUGGUACUUUACUCUGUGGGAAGAGUUGUUACAUAUCUAUCAAUGGGAAUGCUAAAAGCUCAUGGUCUGAAAGGAAGAAUAUGAGUUGAAGCUGAUGUUGCGUGGAGCAGAGUUAAGUGGGGCAAUAGAGGUGGAAGAACAGAACAUGAUUGAAAAUGUGUUAGAGAUAAAGGAUACACAUGUUAGAGAGGUGAUGACACCUCUUGUUGAUGUAGUUGCAAUUGAUGCAAGUGCCACUCUUGUUGAUUUCCAUAGUUCGUGGGUGACUCAUCAAUAUUCAAGGGUGCCUGUGUUUGAGCAACUUGUUGACAAUAUAGUGUGCGUUGCUUAUGCAAUGGAUCUGCUGGAUUAUGUUCAGAAGGUGGAUCUCCUAGAAAGUACUACAGUGGGAGACAUGGCCCACAAACCUGCGUACUUCAUCCCUGAUUCAAUGACAGUUUGGAAUCUUCUCAGAGAGUUCCACAUCAGGAAGGUUCACAUGGCUGUUGUUCUAAAUGAGUAUGGUGGAACUGUGGGGGUUGUGAACCAAACUAAGAAAUUGUUGGUGAAAUCUUUGACGAAAAUGAUUCAAAAGAGGAGAUCCAGAAGAAAACUGGCUACAUUGUGUGCGAGCAGAGGGAAUAAUGAUGUGGAUGCUAAUACAUUAUUGAUCAGCUCUCUGAAGACUAAAAUAUCAAAAUCCAGAGGAAAGCCUCGGUGGCUUCUAAGGAUCGUUGAAGGAGGACACCAUCAAAAGGGGAGAAGGCCAAACAAGAGACAAUGUGGAAGAAAAGAAUAG